AUGGUCUUAAACCCAUAUGACCAUGUGAUCGGACUAUUUAUGUCUCUUCUCUUCUCUUCACCAUCAACAUCUCCUUUGUUCUCUUACACUGCUGACAUUGCUACUCUAUCAACCCCUGCACCAUCGAUCAAACUGCACACCAGAUGCAUUGUAACGUUAAAACUUAAAUCUUUUCGUGGCUUGAAGUCAAUCAUCGUACAAUUGGAGUACCCUUCAACGACUGGAUAUUCACAUUUGGAAUGGUAUCCUGGUACUGGUACCUCACCAGAUUCCUUAACAGAUGGUUGCCCUGUUUGCACUGGAAUUUGCAACUGCAAAAAUUGCUUGCGCGUGUACUUGAAAUCAGUGGAGGCCUCAAAAAAGAAACUUGGACCUGAAGAGAAAGUUGAGUAUUCAAAAUAUUUGUUGAAGUAUCUGCUCCCCGUGGUGAAGCAGAUUCACCCGGAACAAAUACUUGAAAAGGAGCUUGAGGCUACCAUUCAAGGAUCAUCACCAUCAGAAGUAAAAAUAAAGAGUGCAGAUUGUGCAGUCGACGAGCGCAUGUAUUGCAACAACAGCAAAACUUCUAUAGUCGACUAUCACAGGAGCUGCCCAAACUGUGAUUAUGAUCUCUGUCUUACCUGUUGCCGAGAGAUUCGUGAUGGUUCCUUUCAAGGGGGUGGAGAGGAAGUAAAUGUGAAUUAUGCUGACAGAGGGAGUCGGUCAAGAGCAAAACUUGAUGCAGCAAAACGCCCUCUGAAAGGUACAGCCAGGUCAAGAGCAAAAUUUGCUGCAGAAAAAUGCGUUAAAUCAACUGAUGCGGAACCUGAAGAACCAACUGAUAUCCUUGAUUGGAAAGUGAUGGAUGAUUGUAGCAUCCCUUGUGCAUCUUUUGGUUCUGGUCUUCUAGAACUGAAGUCUAUCCUUCCGAAAGAUUGGUUAUCUGAACUGGAAAAAAGUGCUGACGAAGUAGCAACAGAAUACAAUAUUUUUGAUGUUCCAAUGACUGCUAUAGAGCAGUGCUCCUGUUCCAAACCAGUUGGUGAUGCAGACAUUAACGACGAUAACCUACGCAGAGCUGCUUUGCGGCAAGUGGAUGACAACUAUUUGUAUUGUCCAACGGCUAAAGACGUCCAACAUGGAGACAUGGAACACUUCCAGAAGCACUGGCUCAGAGGAGAGCCAGUGAUUGUUCGCAAGGUGAAAGAACUGACCUCUCGCUUAAGCUGGGCGCCUCUGGUUAUUAACAAAGCAUUUCGUGAGAAAUCUAAUUCAAGGGUGAUGAAAGGUGAAGGUCACUUAGAAGUGACAGCAAUGAAUUGUUUGGAUUGGUGCCAGGUCGAGGUUAAGAUAAAUGACUUUUUCAAAGGCUAUUCAGAAGGUCUUAUGUACCCAAACAUGUGGCCUGAGAUGCACAAGCUGAAAGACUGGCCUCCUUCGGAUAUGUUUGAGAAGCGGUUACCGCGUCAUUGUGUUGAAUUUGUUAGUUCCUUACCCUAUCAACAGUACACAAACAUAAAGCGUGGCUUUCUUAAUCUUGCUACCAAGCUGCCACCAAAAUCCCUGAAACCAGACUUGGGUCCAAAGUCAUACAUUGCCUAUGGGCAUGGCGAAGAGCUUGGUCGAGGUGACUCUGUUACCAAACUUCAUUUGGACAUGUCUGACGCGGUGAAUGUGUUGAUGCACGUACAUGAGGUAUCUCCAGAAGACACACAGCUUGAUGCGAUCAAAAAAUUGAAAAAGAGGCACAUGGCCCAGGAUCAAAAAGAAGAGUAUGCCAAGGUUGGGAACUGCAAUGCUAACAGUACUGAAGAUGGAAAAGAAUGUGAUGUUUUUGAAUCUGAUCAUUACUCUAGAAGUUCUGGUGGUGCUCUUUGGGAUAUCUUCCGCAGAGAAGAUGUUCCAAAGCUUCAGGAAUACCUCAGAAAGCAUUCUUGGGAAUUCCGACACGUAUACUGUUCUCGAGUUGAGCAGGUAAGUCAUCCGAUCCACGACCAGGCGUUCUACUUGAUUUUUGAACACAAAAGGAAGCUCAAGGAGGAAUAUGGAAUUGAACCAUGGACCUUUGUGCAAGAAUUGGAUGAGGCAGUUUUCAUUCCAGCUGGGUGUCCUCACCAAGUGAGGAAUUUGAAGUCCUGUAUCAAAGUCGCAGUUGAUUUUGUUUCACCUGAGAAUGUUCCGGAAUGCAUGCGGUUGGCUAAGGAGUUUCGUUUGCUUCCUCAAAACCAUGGGGCUAAGGAAGACAAAUUGGAGGUCAAGAAAAUGAUCCUCUAUGCUGUCAGACAUGCUGUGGAUACCGUCAAUGACCCAUAUAAGGAAGAGGAGAGCACCGACACCGAAUCUACUGGCAAGAAAGCAAAAUCCAAGCGAAAAGGCAAGGGUAGAAAAAAAGGGAACGGAAGAGCGGAGAAGGAAUGCCCUACAAAGGAAAUGAAUGAGGAGGAAGGUGCAGACAAAAGCACCAAGUCUACUGGCAAGACAGCAAAACCCAGAAGAGCAGGCAAGGGUGGGAGAAAAAGGACCGGAAAAGUGGAGGAAAGCCCCAAGGAAAUGGAUGAUGAGGAAGUGGGUGAGGAAGGUGCCAACAAAAGCACCAAGUCUACUGUCAAGACAGCAAAACCUAGAAGAGCAGGCAAGGGUGGAAGAAAAAGGACCGGAAAAGUGGAGGAAAGCCCCAAGGAAACGGAUGAUGAGGAAGUGGGUGAGGAAGGUGCCAGUAGCGAUGAAUCUCUUGAACCUUGA